UAAGUUAUGCUAACACAGUUAGCAGAUGACAGAAGGUUUGGAUAAUUUUCUCGAAUUUGGCUUUUUAAUUGUUAUUAUCGAAGAGAGGGGAGAGAUUGGACUGUGUUAGAUGUUUCGAAUAGAUAAAAAUACAGUGGAUCUUUAUAUUUCCCUUUUUUCAAAUUUGAAUUUGACAAAAGAGAAUUGACAUAAAAACGGCAGAGUAAAAGUUUCUAGCCAGAUGUUUCGUUAUAGGGUCUCUAGUUAUUAAUUGAUUCACCUUGACCCGUUGUUUACUGUUAAAAAUAACUGAUAAAUAUUUAAAAUUUUAAUAUUUGUCGCUGUGGACUUUAAUAAUUCGAGUGAAAGAUUUUAUUAAAAGGAAAUGUAUAUGAAAGACGGUUUUACCAGCUUUAUCGCGAGAGGUGCGGCAUUGUUUACAUUGUCAACGUUUAGGUUAUAUUAGUUUGGUUAGAAUACUGAACGAUUAGAGAUACUUCAAUCUUUUUCGUUCGUACUUGUUUAUAUACAAUGACACGUGUAUGCAUUUGCUGCAAUUACCGUAUGAGCAAAGACAAGUCGCUAUCAGACGUAUCAUUUUUUGGGUUCCCGAAGUCGGACAAAUUACUAAAAAGAUGGUUGCACGUGAUUGGUACGGAGAAGAAAAUUACCACAUGGUCGCGAAUUUGUUCGCGUCACUUUAAAGAGGAUGACUUCAGAUACAGUGUAGUUGGAGGCAAACGUUAUUUGAAGCAUGAGGUGGUACCAUCUCUUUGUUUGAAUGAGAAGAACAAGGAUGAUACAGUUCUGGAUAAGCAAGAUACAAUCGUCAAGGAAAACCAGCCAACAAACACUGUGGUGGCAUGUAAUAUGAAAACUCCUGAGAGCAAAGUUUUAGAUGUGAAUGUAAAAUUACAUAUGGAGGCUAAAAAAGAUGACAAACUGGCCGAAAGCAGCCUUAAUCCAGAAAGUUUGAAUGAGCCAGAGAAGAAACGCAAGAAGUAUCUGUACGAUGUCCGAUGGGAAGAAAUCUCUACGUCGUCGGUGCAAGCUAAGAUUUACUGGGAAGUGGUGAUCAAGAAAAUUACACAGCAAAAGCAUAUUGUGAAAUCUUUGCGACAGAGGGUCAGAAGACUAGAGAAACAAAUAUCAGACUUGCAAACCUUGAUAAAAGAUAAAGAGAUUACAGAUACUUGAUAAUUGUUACAUAAAUAUUUGUUUAAUAUUAUAUUAAAUUUUUUGAUAUGACAAUUUGAUGUUUUAUAAUUAAAGUUUGAUAUCAAAGUUCAUGAUAGAAUAAACUGAGUGCGCAUUUUUCAUGUGUAAGACUCAUCAAAAAAAGUAUUUCAAUGUACCUGUACUAUCAAACAUUCAAUUCUAAAAUUACUAAAAUCUCAGAAGCACGCAAACAUUUUUACAUGAUAUGUUCAUUCAAAAGAAUGUAAUUAAUUGUAUAUAUUUGAUUAAUAUCGAAUUAAAGUGGCAAAAAUAGGAUCAGAAUUACGUCCCCAUGAUAAACAUGGUUGCAAUCAUGAUUAAUCUUGAUAUUUAGUUAUCGUCACUUCCUACUAGAUGGCUUACUAGCUAUUUCACUGCUAUCUUAUAUAGUGAUGUAUGAAUCGAGAAGCACUCGCGAGAAAAUGUUUAUUAUUUUACAAAUAUACUAUAAAUGUUAAAUAAAUGUAUAACAUUAAUUUUUUUAGAAUAAAAAAAGAAAAUUUGUCUUAAAA